UGGCCACCUAGCCGGAGCGGAACAAGGGAGGAGAGAAGUAAGGUGGAGAAGGGGAAGUGAACGCGCACUCUGGAGAGAAAGGUAGAGGAUUGUCUAAGGUGGAGAAGGGAGAAAGGAGGGGAGGGAUACGGAGAAAGGAAGAGACUAAAUGGCUGCACCUAUAACGGGCUUCACCCCGCUCCUGCUCUCGUCUCUGGUGCUCCACCUGCUUCUCCUCGGUCCUUUGUUAGCCCUCACUCCGGGGACGGUGAGUACAGAAGGGGUUUCCAGUAGAUGGACCCCUGCACUCCGCUAUCGAGACGCCAGUGAAGUAAACCAGCAGCAGCUCCAUCAGUGUAGGGAAGGAGGCGGAUUACCGAGGGGCAGCUGGGAUCUUCGCUGGAGCAGGUGGACUGUAGUGCGGAUACAGACAGAGGGAUGCACCAGAGCGCAGCGCGCAGGAUGGACCCUGGGAGGAGAUCAACUGGAUGGUGCACGGAAAGAGAGACUGAUAGGAUUACAACGCCCACAGGCUCCUUUGCUACCACCUUUUCCUCUUCUCCCCAGCACUAGGAGCAGCUUUAACUCCGAUGGCGUCGGCGCAGCCGAGGGUGUGGAGAGAGGCGGGAUGGGGAGAAAGGGCGUUGUUUCACCUCCCGCUUCACCUGCUUUUGCCUUUUUGCCGGCUCAAAACGGAAAGAAAAGGGCAGUACAAAGGACUAAAACGUGCGUGCGACGGUGGUCGGCGUCGAGGCCACACCUCGCCAAACGUGGUGCUGACAGAGCCUUUGUGCACGUCUCCGGACCAUGCAUCUCACCCGGAAGUGGCGAGAGGAGAGGGGGAAAGGUGUGCAGAGGGGCUCCUGAGGUGAAGAGAGUCUCAGCUGCAUGGCAUGUCCACUGUCUAAUCCCUAACAAGCAACUCAUCCUUCCUACCAACAAGCCUUCACUGGGCUCCUUUUCAGCCGCUCCCUCCUGGUGCAAUUAUCCUAUUUCUGGAUGCAGUUUACCUCAUACUGACGCUUCAGAUGACAUCCGAUGUUACCCUGUUUGCAGCAUUUUAGACUGUAUCAGAGCAACAAAACUGGACCACAUCUGUCAGUUUUCAACUUUAAAUUUUUGCAACAAUGGCUGCACUUAUAAAACUAAGCAGCAACCGGUUUACAUGGACACAAGCAGCAAGAUGGGUUGGGACGCCAAUGGUAGCUCAGUUUGUGUUGACGGGAGCGGUGGUUGCUCUUGUUUGGGAAGGCACAAUAUUGUCAAUCUAAACAGCAACAGGGAGAAGGGUGAUGAUGGAAGGGUAGCUGGUUAUUUGACAAGCAGAGGAGGUUUCCUAGAUACUUCCCAUUUUUGUUGUGGAAUUGCAAAACGUAAGCAUUCCAGAAUUACUGAUGAAGGGAGGGGUGAUGGUAAAGAUGUAAAUGAUCUCAGAGGAGGAGGAGGGGUUGAUCAUGUCAAAAAACACAUUAACCUGUCUAAUUACCCAGAUAAUGAUUUGCAGGGGAAAUCAGUUCCUGCAACCAGGCAGCCGAGCAGUCGAACCCAGGGAGAGAGGAGGGAGGUUACCGGUGGUUGCUUUAGCUGUUUGGGCCAAAAAGAAAUGGGGGCUGCUCUCUAUAUGGCCCCCAAGGGAGUCAUGCCUCAGAUGAAUCUCUUCAUCCAAUUUGCACUCAACAGUAUCGCAGAGAUGCCUGCCCGACAGGUUUUACCCAACAAAAAAGCCAUUAUGUGGCUCGUUCAAACAGAUGCAGAUAAUUAUUUGAAAAUAGUAAAACUGACUAAAAAGCUCUAUAUGAGUGUUGCCAAAGUGGAAAUAACUUCAAAGGCUGAGUCUGCCAGUGACUCAGGCUUUUUCUUGCCUGCCAAGCUUCCUGUUACAUCUCCCAGUGCUGUGUCAGCCAUGACUUACUAUGCUGCUGAACGUAAUCUGUUUCUCCUUAUGCAGCCUAAUCACUCAGUAGUUCAGUGUGUCUCCUUUUUCUCGCAAAUUAAUCUGACCACACCACAGGAGUCCCUGCCUCACUCACCCUCUGCUGAAGAGGUAGCUUCAGCACCAACAGAAGCUCUGCAUGUGUUUUUGUGGAGCAGAUUCAAUACAAACAACAAUAACAACAAUGGAAAGAAAGAGAACAGUGAGAGUAAUAGGUAUGGUCAUGAAUCUGAUUUUGAAAAAUCCUCCUGGCAUAGCAAGAUGCAGGAAGGAGAUCUUGGGUGCGCUGGAAGCGUUUCCGAUGACUGCUCAGCCACUGUGCGAGGUGAAGACUCACAUAUGCAAUUAAAAUCCGGUAAUCAAGAGCCAUUAGAGCCCAACGGUGUCAGACAGUCAGAUAGGCAGCAGAUGGGGACAGGAGAAAAAAGGGAGAGGAGUGCUGAAAGGGAGGGAAAGGACUUGGAGGGGUCUGCUGCUGUUGCUGCUGCUGUUUGGGGAGGAACAUUACAGGUGGGGGAGGGCAAGGCGCGACUGAUGGGAGGCAGGGAACCACGUGCAGAAGAGGAAGAGAAGGAGGAGGAGUGGGAGAAGGAGAGGGUAAAGGGACUAACAAAGGCGAGCCAGAAAGAAAGUGAGGCAAAGGAAAGGUUGGGUCAGGAUAGGGGCAGCAGCACCUCAACCAUCACACAGUUUCAUCGCAAUAGAGGGAAGAGAGAAAGCCAAGCAGAUGAAAGCCACCAGGGAGGUGAGGGGGUUGAGAGACACACUUCAAGGGGAGAGAGGAGCCUGGAACGCCUGAUAAUAGUGUCAGAUGAUGAUACCUCUCAGGGAGAAAAGGCGAGGAGGAUUUUGAUGCCAUGGUCUCGUUCCAGACGUGCAGCCAAUAGACAUCCUCAUUUCUCUCUGUAUAACUACCAAGUACAGGUGGCAGAGAACCAGCCGCCAGGUACCUCUGUCAUCAUAAUGUCAGCAACAGACCCUGAUGCAGGUGAUGCAGGCAGGGUGAGCUACACAAUGGCCCCGCUGGUGAACAGUCAAUCAUCUGACUACUUCCACAUCCACCCUGACACAGGCCUCAUCACCAGCACUCAGAUUUUGGACAGAGAACACAUGGAUCUACAUUACUUCCGGAUCACAGCGACUGAUCACGGAUCCCCUCGGCUCUCUGGCACAACAAAGGUAGCCAUCACUGUUUCAGAUCGUAAUGAUCAUUCGCCUAUAUUUGAGCAGUCAGAGUAUAGAGAGACAAUUAGGGAGAAUGUGGAAGAAGGUUAUCCAAUUUUACAGUUAAGAGCAACAGAUUCAGACUCUCCAUCCAAUGCAAAUAUCCGUUACCGGUUUAUCGGUGAGUCUGCUAUAAUGGCACGAGCUGCCUUUGAGAUUGACCCACGUUCAGGACUCAUCACAACCCGUGGAUCUGUGGACAGGGAAACAAAUGAACAUUACACGCUUCAGGUGGAGGCCAGUGACCAGGGAAAGGAUCCAGGUCCACGCUCUGCUACUGUCAAGGUUUUCAUAACUAUACUGGAUGAAAACGACAAUGUGCCACAGUUCAGUGAAAAGCGGUACGUGGUGGCAGUGAAGGAGGAUGUUCGGCCUCACUCUGAGAUCCUGCGUGUGAGCGCCACAGACAGAGACAAAGACAGCAAUGCUGCUGUUCAUUAUAACAUCAUUAGCGGUAAUAGCCGUGGACAGUUUUCCAUUGAUAGUGUAACAGGUGAAAUUCAAGUGGUGGCACCACUGGACUAUGAGUCUGAACGGGAGUAUACUCUCCGUGUUCGUGCCCAAGACAAUGGCCGACCACCUCUUUCUAAUAAUACUGGAAUUGUCAGUGUGCAGGUUACCGAUGUCAAUGACAACCCCCCUAUCUUUGUAUCCACACCAUUCCAAGCAUCUGUACUUGAGAGUGCCCCAGUUGGCAGUUCAAUCCUUCACAUUCAGGCUAUAGAUACAGAUUCAGGUGAUAAUGCUCGACUGGAGUACAGGCUGACUGGGACUGGCUCUGACACACCCUUCAUCAUCAACUCUGCAACAGGCUGGGUCACUGUCAGCUCCAUUCUUGACAGGGAGUCUGUGGAACACUAUUUUUUUGGUGUGGAGGCCAGGGAUUAUGGCAUGCCACCUCUCUCUGCUACAGCGAGUGUCACCAUCACAGUCAUGGAUGUUAAUGACAAUCGCCCUGAGUUCCUCCAAAAAGAGUAUUAUGCCCGCCUGAAUGAGGAUGCAGCUGUUGGCACUAGUGUAGUGACUGUCACGGCUGUUGAUAGAGAUGUCAACAGUGCAGUGACCUAUCAGAUUACAGGUGGAAACACUAGAAACCGCUUUGCUAUCAGCACAGCAGGAGGAGCAGGGCUUCUCUCCUUAGCUCUGCCACUGGACUAUAAACAGGAGCGGCGUUAUGUUCUAACUGUCACUGCAUCAGAUCGCACGCUCCAUGACACCUGCCAGGUGCACAUAAACAUUACUGAUGCCAACACGCACCGACCUGUUUUUCAGAGCGCCCAUUACUCUGUUAGCGUGAACGAGGACAGGCCACCAGGAAGCACCGUGGUAGUGAUUAGCGCCACGGAUGACGAUGUCGGAGAAAAUGCUCGGAUCACAUACUUUCUUGAAGACAACAUUCCCCAGUUCCGCAUUGAUCCGGCCACAGGAGCAAUCACACUCCAGGCAGAACUUGAUUAUGAGGACCAAAUGACCUACACUUUAGCAAUUACAGCAAAAGACAAUGGCAUACCACAGAAAUCGGACACAACAUAUGUUGAAGUAAAUGUAAAUGAUGUGAAUGACAAUGCACCUCAGUUCCUCAGUCCCAGAUAUCAGGGGACAGUGAGUGAAGAUGCCCCUCCCUUCACUAGUGUCCUGCAGAUUUCAGCCACUGACCGUGACGCACACGCCAAUGGUCGUGUUCAGUACACCUUCCAAAAUGGUGAGGAUGGAGACGGAGAUUUUACCAUCGAACCUACAUCUGGCAUUGUACGAACUGUUCGCCGUUUGGAUCGGGAGAGUGUGCCGUUCUAUGAGCUAACAGCUUAUGCUGUGGAUCGUGGGGUUCCCCCCCAACGAACCCCUGUCCAUAUCCAGGUGACGGUUCUUGAUGUAAAUGACAAUGCUCCUGUCUUCCCUGCUGAUGACUUUGAGGUUUUGGUUAAGGAAAACAGUGCUGUGGGGUCUGUGGUUGCCCAGAUUACUGCCACUGAUCCUGACGAGGGUGCUAAUGCUCAGAUCAUGUAUCAAAUUGUUGAGGGCAAUAUCCCUGAGAUCUUUCAGAUGGACAUCUUUUCAGGAGAGCUCACCUCACUCAUUGAUCUUGACUAUGAGGCUCGUAAUGAGUAUGUAAUUGUAGUCCAGGCCACAUCAGCACCUCUAGUCAGCAGGGCUACUGUCAGAAUCCGCUUGGUGGACCAGAACGACAAUCGGCCAACCCUGCAGGACUUUCAAAUAAUUUUCAACAACUUUGUUUCCAAUCGGUCCAACAGUUUCCCCAGUGGGGUGAUUGGCAGGGUACCGGGCCAUGACCCUGAUGUGUCUGACAGGCUGUACUACACCAUCGACAGGGGCAAUGAGCUUCACCUUCUGCUUCUGAAUCACACCAGCGGAGAGAUCCGACUGAGCCGAAAACUGGAUAACAACAGGCCCCUGGUUGCUCCCAUGCUAAUCACUGUUACAGACGGUGUCCACAGCAUCUCAGCCCAGUGUGUUCUUCGUGUCCUCAUCAUCACAGAGGACAUGCUGGGCAGCAGCGUCACUGUCCGCCUUCAGAACAUGUCUCAGGAGCACUUCCUCUCACCCCUGCUGGGCAACUUCCUGGAGGGUGUGUCCGCAGUGCUCUCUGUGCCCGUCGAGGAUGUUUUCAUCUUCAACAUCCAACCGGACUUGGACGCAGCACCAGGAAGCAUCCUGAAUGUCAGCUUCUCUGCUGCAUUGCCGGGCGGCCAUUUCUUCCCCUCUGAGGCUCUGGAGGAGCAGCUGUAUUUGAACAGGCCCAGACUGACAUCACUGACGCAGAUGGAGGUUCUCCCAUUCGAUGAUAACGUGUGUUUGCGAGAGCCCUGCCAGAACUACAUGAAAUGCAUCUCAGUCCUGCGCUUCAAUAGCUCUGCCCCCUUCAUCUCUUCACCUUCCAUCUUGUUUCGGCCGAUCCAUCCUAUUGCUGGCUUGCGGUGCCGGUGCCCGGUGGGCUUCACGGGUGAUUACUGUGAGACAGAGAUCAACCUGUGCUACUCCAACCCCUGCCUGAAUGGCGGAGUAUGUGCCCGCCGGGAGGGAGGCUAUACCUGCAUCUGCCGUGAAGACUACACCGGUGACCGAUGUGAGUUAAACCGGAGGCAGAGUCGGUGUGUACCCGGUGUCUGUCGUAAUGGAGGAACAUGUCGGGAGCAUUCCGGUGGAGGUUUCGACUGUGUGUGUCCCCCAGGAGGUUAUGAGGGCCCGUACUGCACAGUCUCCGCCAGGUCCUUCCCACCAAAAUCCUUUGCUAUGUUUAGGGGCCUCAGGCAGAGGUUUCACCUCUCCAUCUCAUUAAGUUUUGCCACCCUGGAGAAGAGCGGUCUUCUCUUCUACAACGGACGCUUCAAUGAGAAACAUGAUUUCAUUGCCUUGGAGAUUCAAGAGGGUCAAGUGGUCUUUAAAUAUUCCACAGGUGAGUCGUCCACUCAGGUGAGCCCCUUCUUGCUCGGCGGCGUGAGCGAUGGCAACUGGCAUACGGUUCACAUCCAUUACUACAACAAGCCAGCUACACGCUAUCCCAGACGUAGUUUGAUUGGAGAAGCCCAGGGUCCCUCUGAUGAGAAGAUAGCUGUGGUGAGCAUCGACGACUGCGACACGGCUCUCUCGCUUCGCUUUGGUACACAGCUUGGAAAUUAUAGCUGUGCUGCACAGGGCAAACAGACCAGCAGCAAGAAGUCUCUGGAUCUGACUGGCCCUUUAUUUCUGGGUGGAGUCCCAAAUGUGCCCGACAACUUCCCCUUUGGCAGCAGGGAGUUUAUUGGUUGUAUGAAAGACCUGCACAUUGACAACAAGGCGCUGGAUCUGGCUGGAUUUAUUGCUAACAACGGGACACUUCUUGGUUGCAGUGCCAAACACCUGUUCUGUAAGUCCAACCCCUGUCAGAAUGGAGGUACCUGCAGGGUGAGCUGGGAGACCUUCUCCUGUGAUUGUCCUGUAGGAUAUGGAGGAAAGGACUGCAGCCAUACCAUGCCACACCCACAUCGCUUCCUCGGAAACAGCGCCCUCUGGUGGGAUCUGAAGAAUGACGUGACCAUCUCUACCCCCUGGUACCUGGGCUUGGUGUUCAGAACCAGAGCACGAGAGGGGACGUUGCUGCAGGCCCAGGCUGGUCAGUACACCAGUCUGCUGUUUCAGGUGAUAAAUGGUCAACUGGUGUUCUCAAUAACGCGUGGCUCCACGAGACCCGUGCGCUUGCGAUUGGAUCAGGUUCAAGUGGCAGAUGGCCGGUGGCACGACCUCCAGCUGGAGCUGCGAGACGUCCGCAGUGGCCGUGAGACGCGCUACGUCGCCACGCUGAGGCUUGACUUUGGACUCUAUCAGGGAACAGUGAUUGUGGGAAAUGACAUUCAUGGCUUGAAGGUGAAACAUCUGCAUGUUGGAGGAGUGCUGGGCUCUGGUGAGGUGCAGAACGGGAUAAAAGGAUGCAUACAGGGAGUUCGUAUGGGUGUGAGGCCAGAUGCCCCCGCCCUCCCCCGCCCAUCCAGAGCCAUCAAAGUAGAGACUGGCUGUAAUGUUGGAAAUCCCUGUGUCUCAUCUCCUUGUCCAGCUCACGGCCGCUGCACUGACGUCUGGGAGCGCCACACCUGCUUAUGUGAACCCGGGUAUUAUGGGAAAAGCUGCACUGAUGCUUGCCGCCUGAAUCCAUGUGAAAAUGAGGCUCAGUGCCACCGGAAGCCAAGCUCUUCCCAUGGAUACAUUUGUGACUGCGGAGACAAUCACUACGGGCAGUACUGCCAGCACAGGAUUGACCACCAGUGCCCCAGGGGUUGGUGGGGAUCUCCCACCUGUGGACCGUGUCACUGUGAUACGAAUAAAGGCUUUGACCCUGACUGUAACAAGACGAGUGGACACUGUCACUGCAAGGAGUUUCACUAUCAUCCUCGAGGCUCUGACACCUGCCUCCCAUGCGACUGUUACCCGGUGGGCUCCUUUUCACGAUCAUGCGACCCCGAGACGGGCCAGUGUCAGUGCAGGCCCGGCGUGAUCGGCCGCCAGUGCAACAUGUGUGACAACCCCUUUGCUGAAGUCACUAAUUCAGGAUGUGAAGUUAUCUAUGAUGGCUGUCCAAAGACCAUCACUCAGGGGAUCUGGUGGCCUCGGACUAAGUUUAACCUUCCUGCUGCUGUCCCCUGCCCCAAAGGCUCUGUUGGCGCAGCAAUCAGACACUGUGAUGUGGAGAGAGGGUGGCUGGAACCAGAUCUUUACAACUGUACCUCGCCUCCAUUUGUGGAGCUCAACAUCGCUCUUGAUUCCUUGGAGCGUAAUGAGACAGAACUGAACACCAUCAUGGAGAAGAAGCUAGCUCACCAGCUCAGGGACAUUACCGAGGCUACUGGCCGGCUCUAUGGCAAUGACCUGCAGAUUGCUGAACGACUCCUCUCCCGCCUCCUGACAUUUGAGACCCAACAGAGCGGCUUCGGCCUCACUGCCACUCAGGACGCGCACUUCAAUGAGAACAUUCUGCAAGGCUGCAGUGUGCUGUUGGGUCCCGGUACCUCCGGGCUUUGGAGGGCUCUCGCUCAGAAUCAGAAUCACCUUCUCGGUGCUGGUCCAGCUGAGCUGACAGAGCUGCUGGAACAGUACUCCAAGAACCUGGCCCAGAACAUGAAGCUAACCUACCUCAACCCUGUGGCCUUGGUCUCACCCAACAUUGUCAUGAACCUGGACCGUGUGGAGAACCACACCCACGUGCGGCGGCGUUUUCCACGUUAUCAGAGUACCGUGUUCCGUGGUCAAACUUUAUGGGAUCCUUACACCCAUGUGAUACUGCCCCCUGCUGCCCUGGUGCCACAACGACAACAGCAGCAGCUCAGCUGGAAGGAGAAAGAGCGCUCAGAGAAAGAACUCUCGGCCCCUCAGAGUGCCGCCUCUGCCCCUGCUAGCGUUUCAGCCAAUCACACGAAAGAAUACACUGCGGCUAGACGCAGUGUUUCAUUGACUGACCAACCCAUAACCAUAGUCAUCUUGCUGAUCUAUCGAAGUCUUGGGGCUGCCCUGCCUCCGAAGUACCACACAGACCGGAGAGGAGUGAGGCUUCCCAGACACCCGGUUAUGAACUCCCCCGUGGUGACAAUCUCUGUCUACAACAACCAGACGUUCGUAGGCGGUCACUUGGACCAGCCCAUAUUGCUAGAGUUCAAACUGCUGGAAACAGCCAAUCGCAGCAAGCCUCUGUGUGUGCAGUGGAACCACAGCAAUCCACAUGACAUUGGAGGUUGCUGGACAGUGAGGGACUGCAUAGUGGUGUACAGGAACACCUCUCACGUCCGCUGUCAGUGCCAGAGACUGGGCACCUUUGGCGUUUUGAUGGACAGCUCCCAUAGAGAGCAGUUGGAGGGGGAUCUGGAGACACUGGCCUUGGUGACUUACUCCUCCUUGUGCGUCUCCAUGCUGGCCCUCCUUCUCACUGUCCUGGUCCUGUCCUGCCUCCGGGGCCUAAAGUCCAACACUAGGAGUAUCCACUCUAACACAGCGGCGGCCAUGUUUCUGUCAGAGCUGGUAUACUUGCUUGGGGUGAAUCAGACCGAGCAACAGUUCUUGUGCACGGUCGUUGCCAUCCUGCUGCAUUACUUCUUCAUGUCCACCUUUGCUUGGAUGUUUGUCGAGGGUCUUCAUAUCUACCGAAUGCAGACUGAGCAGCGCAACAUCAACUAUGGAGCCAUGAGGUUCUACUAUGCCAUCGGCUGGGGCGUGCCCGCCAUCAUCACAGGUCUGGCUGUCGGCUUAGAUCCUGAAGGUUACGGUAACCCAGAUUUCUGUUGGAUCUCCAUGUACGAUAAACUCAUCUGGAGCUUUGCUGGCCCAGUUGCAAUUGUCCUACUGAUGAAUGGAGGGAUUUUCACGACUGUAGCCAAGAUGUCCUGUAACCCAUCUCAGAAGGAGACUAAGAAACUUCCUGUCAUUGCUACUAUCCGAAAUUCCUUCCUGCUGUUGCUGGUUGCCACCUCCACCUGGCUGUGUGGUCUGAUGGCUGUAAAUAACAGCAUCCUUGCCUUCUAUUACAUCUUUGAUGUUCUCUGCCUAGUGCAGGGCCUGUCGGUGAUGCUGGUCUUCACCGUAUUUAACUCUGAAGUUAAGGAGGCCUGGAGAGUUGCCUGUUUGGGUAAGAAGACCCCUGGAGAAGACCCACCAAGAACGCCACAGAACACUGCUCAGAAUCCCUACCAUAAUGCAUCGCUAUUGGAGCAGAGUGGGCUGCACCGCAUCACCCUGGGAACUUCCACCAUCUCUUCUGUCAGCUCUGCGAGAGAAAAUCUCUUGGCACGUCAGAAUCUGGAGCAAAACAUCGUCCACACUGGAGCAACUGACCUGGAUGUAGCCAUGUUCCACAGAGAUGGAGGUGGGGAUUCAGAUUCAGACUCAGACCUGUCCAUGGAUGAAGAGCGAAGUCUCUCCAUCCCUUCCUCUGAGAGCGACGACAACGUGCGUCUCCGGGGGCGCAUCCAGCGGCGGUUCAAACGCUCCAAUCACAGCGAGCGUCUGCUCACCGAACCAACCAACAAUGGCACCAAAGAUUUGGAUGGCAAUGACCUUCUAUCCUACUGGCCUGCCUUGGAUGAAUGUGACACCUUGCAGAAGUGGGGCUCAGAGCGCCCCCUGGGGGGGGAUUACAACAAGGAUGCUGCCAACAACAACCAGCUUGAUGCAGCGCUCACCAGCGGAGACGAGAAUGGCCUCACCCAGCCACACAGGCACCGCAAAGGUAUCCUGAAAAAUCGCCUUGGUUGUCAACCUGCACUCCAGGGUCUUUCCACCAUGGGCCGAGUGCCUAGUGAGCUCAACUGGUACCGAACCUCUACACUUGGACACCGAGGUGUUCCAGCAGCUUCCUAUGGUCGCAUGUACUCUGCCACAGCCGGUGCUACUGGAGGUUCUGGUUCUCUCUCCCAACCAGCUUCCCGCUACUCCUCAAGGGAGCACCUGGACUCACUUGCCAGGAGGCAGCUGUCCAGGGAUCCCCUUGGACGACAGACAGUUGGGGGUUCAAGGGAGCGUCUGGACUCCCGGGGUUCCAGGGAUAACCUGGAUCUCCUGCCUAGGAGGAGAGAUCUAGGGUUGGGACUCGGAGCAGGGCUGGGGGGCCUGGAUCACCAACGAGUCUCAUCAUCCAGGGAAAACUUGUCAGGAUCCAGGGACAGACUGGACAACCAUCAUGCCACCAGCUUCCAUGCUUCAAGAGAGGACUUGAGUGGAAAUGGGGGAGCUGUUGGAGCUGGGAUGGAGGAAUACCUUAGUGGGUCCAGGUCCCAGUUGAACACAUUAACUCGGCGACAGGCUUCACGAGAGCACCUUGGAGGGGCUCUGAUGAGUAGUAGGUCGAGGGAGCAGUUGGAAGCCAACGGGGUGGGAGUUCAGGUUCAGCCAUGUCGGGAGUGGCUUCGUAGUCUACCCCCCCGGCAGCCCUCACACCCCGACCAGCCUUUAUCUGCCUCUCCUCCUCCCCCAAUCUCAGAGGAGCCACAACAAGAACAGCUAUCUCCUCCAGCUCAUGUCAGAGGACGUCUGGACUCUGCCCCUUCAUGUAGGUACCCUGGUCAGACUGUCCCCCAGUCUGCAGGUUCAAAUCCAAACCCUCUGGUUAGACAGCCGUCCAGUGAACAGCUGGACAUUUUGUCCUCUAUCCUGGCAUCCUUUAGUUCCUCUGUCCUGACUCCUCCUGCUGCCUCUAACCCUGGCCCUAAUGGUUCCAUCCAUGGACCUUCCCCUUCCCCACCCCAGUCUACCACUUCUCACAGCAUAUCGGAAGUGUCUCCUGACUCAGAAGCCCACAGAAGCGAAGGACAGUCUUGAUGACAGCCUCCGCGUCUAUUAAUGCAUUGCAACAGUGCUGGGACAAGCUCAAAGGUCGUGAAUGAGCCUGAACUGAAGGGACAACCUUGGAAAUAGAAACAAAUUGAGUCAGAGGAGCCAAAUAAGAUGAAGAUUGACGAAAACAACAUUUUCAGACAAAACAGGUUGUGACAAAAAAGGAAGUUUGUGAGUGGGACGUUUUGUGUAUAUCAAGUUUUUAAGUCCUGCUACUCACAUUCUAUGGCUCUAUGGACAGUGAAUCAACUACCUAAUUCUACUGAGAACAGUUAGACAAAAAGGAAGAUAACAAAUUGAAAGCACUCCUCAGAUGUUAAACACACAUGACCUAAAUCUGACAAGACCUGUCAAAACAGAAGAAAAAACGUGUCUGUAAAUAGCCUUUUUAUACAUUUUUUAUCUUUUUCAUUGAAGGUGAAAAAAUAUCUUGUGAUGUUUCUUUUUUUUAACGCAGUCAUAUCCGUGUGAGGUUGUGAAUGAGGUUGAAGCGAGUGCUGUCUUGUGUGUUCCUGAGGGAGGAAAUUUCCUCUGCACAGUAAAAAAAAAAUCUUCAAAUUUCUCCCCAGAAAUACAUUUCCCUUAGAAUGUUUUCCUCAAACCUUUGAACUUUACGUAAAAUGACAUGGAUCCGGCAAUAGAGUAUCUGAUGAGAUUAGGGAAAGACGUGGUUGAAGGGAUAAUAUCAAAGUAUCAAGAAGUGAUUGUAAACAGAGAAAGGAAUAUUUUAGGAGAGGACAACUGAUGGAGCAAGAUGAUUGUGCAAAGAAAGAUUGCAAACAACACAUUUGAUUCAAAGCUGGUUGUUCAACUGUUGAAGGUGGUGUCUGCUGUGAGAGAUUGGAGAUUGUACUGUUUUGUGAUCUGAUGUAUAUAAUCGUGACCUUGUCAUCUUUCUCUGUUGCACCUGGUGCUGUCUGAACCAGACCCUAUCAGUCCACUGAUGUAACAGGAAAAUAUCAUCAGAGUUAUAAAAACCUGGUGGGUGGAAGUUGAUCUUGCCAUCUGCCUCUCCCCAUGGGGCCAGAUCGAGUAACAACCACUUUUAAGAACCCCUCAAGGUAUCCUUUACACUUUGAUGCAUCAUGACUCAACCUGCCUCGAGGUGCACCACAGGAGCAGCUGAAUCUCUCCAGCAGCAACCAGGAAACUCAUUUGUAAAAGCUUCUUGAGCAGAAGGCUCUUGUGCAAACCUAAGCCAAAGGGACAUGAAUCAGUGUGAAGCAUUAUUUUAUCCUUUUUUCAGCUAUGAAAAUGCCUUCCAUAGGGUGUGAAGACUAUGGAAAUAAUCCACUUUUCCUAUAGCUAUAAUUUUUUUACAUAUAUUUUGCCACAAAUAUAAACCAAAAUGUUUUGUUACUGAGGCCUUAGUUCUACACUACAAUACAAACAGCUGUUUGGCAUUUUAUUUCACUGUGUACUGUGCAUCUGAUUUUGAUUUAGAUGUGACAAAAGAAAAAAGAUAACAAUAUUGUUGAAUCCCAGUGUGCUCAAACAUUUAUUGAAGAGAUGAAAGCUUGGAUGCAGGGUAAUGUAUACCUGAAUAUAUUUGCUCACAGCAUCUUUUCUCUACCAGACUCUCCUUAACGGGAAAUAUUCCAGACAGGAAGCACUUUUUCAAAAUCUAAUUAGGCUCCAAAAUGUUCGUCAUGCGCUGAGAUAAAGUGUUUGCUACUAAAACACUUUCAGACAGAUUGUCUUUUCCAACCAUCUGGAGAUUUAAUGGAGAUGAAGUAUUAUUUGAGAUCAGCCAAAGCUCCUGCUGCUGUGUAUUAGCUAACAAAAGGGAAGAUGAGAUGUCAGCAAUGUCAGCACUCAAACCAUGUGUUUUUUUUUUUCUUUAGUGGUAGGUAUCUGAAUGAGCUGCUGUUUCUUUCACUUAGAUGCUGGCAAAAGCAUGGAGUUCAGGCUUUAAAGGGAUAGUUCAGGAUUUUAUGAAGUGAGGAUCAGUUAAAAGGUUAUAAGCAGUUAUUAUUUCACAUGCAGUACAUAACUCUGGGUCUUCAGUUAGUAUAAAUCCAUGUAAGCUAGUCCUGAUGGCUCAAGUUAACAAUCACUAUUAAUCAAUGAAUCAUUAAACAUCAGUCCAGUUUGCAUUUGGUGGAUAUUUGCACAAAAAGCGAUGAUUAUUUAUACAGAAAGUGGAGGGAGGAGGUGGUGCGCCACCAGUGAUCUUCCUGUGUGGACUGAGAAUGGAACAUUUAAAUUGUUUCUGGUCAGAGUAAAAAUCUGUAAAAUAAAAUUAACAACAGUAUUUUUGCUUUUAAAACAACUUAAUUUUGUGUUCAGCAGUUAAUCUGAACUGAAACUCCCCAAACACACAAAUAGAGAGGAAACAUGAUUAAUCAUAGGUUUUUGAUAUGCACUGCUUUCACAUUUUUGAGAUUUGAGAUGUUUAAGAUGGUAAAGAUCCACUUGCGUUUAGUUCUUUUCAGAAUAGCUUUUAGCUGUGGCCUCCAGAACCAGCUAAUUUUAGUUUAUACUAAAUGAUAAUGACAAAAGAGUUGACAUCAGAAGAUAGUAACUGCCAAUAAUCUUUCAAUCCUGAACUAUCCCUUUAAGGCAAAAACACAUCUUCAGAGCUAUGUAUAAAAAUAAAGGUCUCACUGUGUUUUUUAAAACAAAAAAGUAUUAUUAAUUUAAAACAAUCUGGCAGAUGUUUGUCUGAAGGAGCAAUAUGUUCCACAAAAAUAUAGUUGCAAACCAUGAAAACAAGAAGUAGAUACAAAAACACAAGUGUGAUCAAAUCCAACAGAAUGGACAGAUAAGAGAGCAAAAGUUAUAAAGCUAGAUGUAGUGAGUAGGAGAAUAAACUGGGUCAGUAACCAUGACUGUGUUGUAAAACACAUAGCCACGGGGAGGAAGGUGUGGACAGCACUCGUCACGGAGACAGAAAUAGACAGAAAGACAGAAAAGAGGAGGGACAUGCCGACAGUGGAAAUAAAGACACACAUCACAAGCAAGUGCAUAUUUUCCUGCUCUGACUGCAGCUCUGUCAGCCCCGUCUCCCCAGAAAGUGACAACAAACCUGAUCCUGACAGCAUUAUUGCCAAAAAUGUUCCUGCAGAAGGAAUGCCACCUGUCAGUUUCUUAAAGGAGCAGUACACCUAAAAACUAUAAUUCUCCUCUCCGUUUUAUCUUUUUCUCAAAUUGUAAUGACAUGAGAUCUAUUUUAUUUAGUGAUAAUUUAUUAACAUUGUAUGAAUGAUUUAUCUGACCAUUUUUUUAUAUGAAAGUUAAUUUCUAAUCAAGACUGUUUUCUUUUAAUCCAAACAUUCCCUAUUCUUACACAUUACACAUUUUAACUUUUAUUUAUUGUUAAUUAUGAUGCAAGUCUCUCAAGUCCACAAAUUCCUAAGGGAUAAACAACAGGAAAUGUGUUCAAAUAAAAGUUUAUAUGUAAACAGCAAAUUAAAAUCUGAUGCAAGGCAGAGGAAUGGUAGCUGGAAGACUCUGCCAAAACCAACAGACCAUAGUGAAUUUAAGGUACAUUUAUCUUCUUUAAAUGGCACACUUACAUAUGAUGAAUGUGUGGUUUACUCUUGCAGCUAUGCUUCAUAUGAAAUCUGCACAUAACUGGUUAUUUGUCUGCUUUGACACUGUAUCCACCUAUAAGUAAUAGUGAAAGAACAAGAAAAAGCUUCAAAUCCAGGAUAAUUUGGUUUGAACCAAUAGGAGCCAUUCAACAAAAGCCAGAGAAGACAAAUUUGAGUCUACAACAUUGUCAUGUGUUCUGGAAAAGGAAAACAAGAGGGAAGGAAUGGCAGAUAAAGGUGGAGGAAUAAUGAGAGAUUGUAUUUGUUGGCUUGUGUGUUCAUUAUGAGAUGCCUUCUGCCCUGCCAUCGGGACGGAAACAGCUGUUCCCGUUUUCACAGUAACAAGAGAAAUGUUGGACAUUAAAAAAAAUGAGGGAUUCCUA